UUUGCCAUGCGAUGGCACUUUGGCCGUGCCCGCGUCGUAACAGUUCCGCAUUAGACGGCGAGGCGGCAUGUCGUCGGACGGUCUUGGCAAGAUGCGAACGCAAAAUCAAGAAGCACGCCUCGUGUGGAAGCCGGACUACGAGCUGAAGUUUGGGCUCGUGCCGCAGGAAGGCGACUUCCACAAUCAUAUCAUCACGAAGGCGUCGUGUGGGUUUUGUGACCGCUACGGUCGCGAAGGCAAGAGCGGGAUCGCAGGGUUUCCAACCAUCGAUGGCACAGACACGUCGAUGGGAGGUAUGCUCCCAGACGGCAAACGGCGUCGAGUCGGGUGCAAGGUGUGGGAAGCGUUCCGCACGGAUCACAUCAAACGCCACCUCGAAACGGAGCACCCACAAAAGUGGGCCGAGUACCAGAACCUAUCGACCGAGGCCAAACUGCGCUUCUUUUCGCAGAAUCCAGCCCCAAGUAGUCUCGACGGAAGCGACAUCGAUCUGCACCGACUCCCCUUUCAAAAAAUUCCCUCCGUCACGUUGGAAAAGGUCGGCACGAUUGCCAUCUUGAAGCUCAAUGAUCCCACGCGGCUGAACGCCCUCACGACGGACAUGGGCAUCCGCCUCGAAGAACUCGUCCGCGAGAUCAUCGAUCGCGUUGACGAAUUCUCGGCCGUUGUAUUGACGGGCGAAGGUCGUGUCUUCUCGGCCGGAGGCGACCUGGCUUUCCUCCAAGCGCGCAUCCAGGACACGGCAACGCGCAACAGUGCCAUCAUGCGAGCGUACUACGAACGGUUCAUGUCCCUGCGAAAGCUUCCGAUCCCGUUGAUCGCGGCGCUGAAUGGCGCAGCACUCGGUGAAGGCAUGUGCAUUUCCCUCUUUGCCGAUGCCCGCGUCAUUGCGCGAGACGCCAAAGUCGGCUUUACGUUUGUCAAUCUCGGGCUGCAUCCGGGCAUGGCAGUGACGCAUUACCUGCCGAAACUCAUUGGGCCGGACAAAGCAGCGCAUUUUCUCUUGUCGGGAAAAGUCCUGUCGGGUGAAGAGGCGUUGAUCUUUGGGUUGGCAACCAAGAUUGUGGACAAGGAGGACGUGCUCAAGACAGCGUUGGCGUUGGCAGAGGAAAUGACGGCUGGAUCGUCCGUCGCGACGCGGACCCUACUCCGCACACUUCGAAUGCAACAAGAUGUUGGUGUCGAGAUUGCGUUGGCGAGGGAAGUGGACUGCCAAGCGACGUCGUUUUCCUCUGCAGACUAUCAAGAAGGCGUGAACGCCGUGUCGGAGAAGCGAAAGCUUGCCUUCCACGCGUCCGAGCACUACCAUGAGGCUUCCGAGAGCUGACGCCGACCAUCCCAAGCAUCAUCCGCGACCCCAUCCUCUUCAACCAGCUUGAAUAAAUUGAAUGGGCGCAUGCCAUUGGUUCCCGUU